UAUAGAAAUUACAUGGAAGGUGGUAGGUGAAGGAUUUUACCGAAUUACAUACGUCAAGACUAAUUUUGUCAAAAACAAAACAAAAUUUAUUCUUGUGUGUUAGUGUGUAUAUAAGACCAUCUCUCUUCUCCUUUAUCUCUCAGCUUGAGCUUCUCUCUCAACGAAAGAACUCAAGCUUUCCAACACUAUAAAUCUAUAAUACAGCUUUUAUUCUCAAAUUUUGUUUGUCUUACCAUCAUUACCAAACCAUGCAAGCCGCAACGUCGUGUGAUCUCAAGUUCCGAUCAACAGAUCCGACGUCUAGGAACAAAUGUUUCUCCCACGCGAUUCCAAAGCGCGUGGCUGUUACGUGCGGUUAUAGGUCGGAGUCGUUUAGCUUCCCUAACGGUGUCUCCGUGAGUCGAUCUGAUUGGCAAAGCUCAUGUGCCAUUUUAUCUAGUAAAGUUGCUUCUGUUGAAAAUACCGGUGGUUUAGCGGACAAAAUCGCCGCCGUUAAUGGUCACACGAACGGCUCUGUGAAUCUUGGUCUCGUCGCCGUUGAGUCAACUAACGGAAAGUUAGCUCCUGCUCAGCCGUUGACUAUUACUGAUCUAUCUCCGGCACCGUUGCAUGGUUCUAGUCUACGUGUAGCUUACCAAGGCGUUCCCGGAGCUUACUCGGAAGCAGCUGCCGGAAAAGCUUAUCCCAAUUGCGACGCCAUUCCUUGUGACCAGUUUGACGUUGCUUUUCAGGCGGUGGAGCUUUGGAUCGCUGAUCGAGCUGUGCUUCCGGUGGAGAACUCACUCGGUGGUUCGAUCCAUCGAAACUAUGAUCUUCUUCUCCGUCACCGUCUUCACAUCGUUGGAGAAGUUCAGAUUCCGGUCCACCAUUGCCUCCUCGCACUCCCGGGAGUCCGAACUGACUGUGUUUCGCGGGUGAUCUCUCACCCGCAAGCCCUAGCGCAGACGGAACACUCCCUCGACGUCCUUACACCACAUGCAGCGCGUGAGGCUUUCCAUGACACAGCGGCUGCUGCGGAGUAUAUCUCAGCUAACGACCUACAUGACACGGCGGCUGUGGCGAGCGCACGCGCCGCUGAGCUUUACAACCUCCAGAUAUUAGCGGAUGGGAUUCAAGACGACCCGGGGAACGUCACUCGUUUCCUAAUGUUGGCGCGUGAGCCUAUAAUCCCACGCACGGACCGGCCAUUCAAGACUAGCAUCGUCUUUGCUGCCCAAGAGCACAAAGGAACUAGCGUCCUCUUUAAAGUCCUCUCGGCUUUCGCUUUCAGAGACAUUAGCCUGACCAAGAUCGAGUCCCGGCCUCACCAUAACCGCCCGCUUAGGGUUGUUGGUGACGGGAGCUUUGGGACGUCGAAGAACUUCGAGUACAUGUUUUACGUGGAUUUUGAGGCAUCGAUGGCUGAGCCGCGUGCACAGAACGCGCUUGCGGAGGUUCAAGAGUACACGUCGUUCCUAAGGGUGCUGGGAAGUUACCCCAUGGAUAUGACACCAUGGUCCAUGACAUCCACAGAAGAAGCAUGACCCCAUCGCCAAAAACAAACUCACCAAUAAAUUUAUUAAAUUAUUCUGUUCUUUCUUUUUUUGUGAAAAUUGUAGUAUACAUUGAAAUUAAACCGUAAAUGUAGAGCUCAUUAUUCACGUGGUGAUUAGGAGAAAACAAAAUUUUAUUUGUCUGUUACUAGCUACCAGAUAUAUCUUACAUUCUUACUUAAUAGUUAUGAACAUUGUGGUUUAUUCGCAGAAUCUUUUUGAGUUCCUUGGUUUUCUUUGGUAAAUUCACUCGAUUUUAACCAAGAAAAGCAAAAAUGAUUGGCAUUACCAAAAACAAAGACAUAUAUUUACACAUAUUUUUUAGAAAAAUGUGAUCAGUUUUGUAACUUUGUUUAUCUUAACAACGUUAU